AUGUCUUCGCGCCCAGCAGCUAGCGUGCGCCGCUCCACCAAGACGGAGUAUAUCGAGACCGACACGGGUAACAAGAUCUCACGUCGAGCUCACAUCGACGGCAAGCAGAAUAUCAUGCUUGGUGGCAGGACGGUCAUCAUGGCCGACGUGCACAUGCGAGGCGAUCUGUGCCGACUGCCAGAGCCCGCACCCGAAGGAGAAAAGCCAAAGACACCCCCCACAGCCAUCAGCAUUGGCAAGGCAUCAGUCAUGUCCACUAAUGUUGUUCUACAUCCGCCCAUGAGGAUACACCAUGGGCAAACGACUUACUAUCCAAUUCGCAUCGGUGACAAUGUCUUCGUUGGGCAGGGUACCUACAUAUCAUCGGCGGUCAUUUACUCGCACGUCCACAUUGGUGCCAACUGCGUCCUUGGACCCUUCAGCCUAGUCAAAGAGAGCUCCAAGAUAUUGGCCAACACCGUCGUUCCUGCUAAUAUGGUCAUACCCGCCGGAGCUAUCGUAGCUGGCCGACCCGCACGCAUUGUUGGCGAGGUCGGUGAUGGCUUUGGUCAGGGGGGCGGCGCUGAAGUGGAAGAGUGGGUCGAAGGUGGUGAUCUUCGUCCGCUUGUCAGAGCAAUCAAAUGA